UGUUGACCACAGUGGGUUACAAUGGACGGUGUCGCGUUGCCACAGAUGCUGCUGUAUCUCACCGGUGUCGCCGGCCAAACAAGAUGUAGACUUAAAGACUCUGCAGGUUUUUCUGUCUUUCACUCUCUACACUUGUGUUCCCCUCUGUCACGAUGGGCAGCUAUAGCUCAGCCCUCAUUCCUGACCCUGAAGAGUUUAAUUCAGUUGUGUCGCUCGCGGAGAAGCUCAAUGAGCAGGUAGCUCAUGUUGCAGACGAGAGGUUACAGUCAGAGCUUCAGACUCUGGUAACACUCAUGAUGGAGGAGAGAAAAGAAAACCAGAGUGAAGAGCCGGAUUCUUCAACACCUCAAGAAAACUCACAGGAAACACUUCCCAAUGGGUCUGCCCUGCCUGCAGCAGCACCCAAAAGUGUGCCCAUGCAGUCCUUCACCUCCCUGUUACCAAAGGCUCUCUCUGCUGUACUACAUCAGGCGGCUCCUCCAGGCCUCAACUCCGACCGCCCGCCGAGCAGACAUCCACCGAACCUGGAACAACUGCAGACAGACCUGAGAGACCUGAGGGACCAGUUUGAGCUAAUGAAGACUCAGCACAACAAAGAAAUCAAACUGCUGAUGAAUGAGCUCGAUGAGGAGAAAAGGAUUCGCUUGACUUUGCAGGUAUACCGCAAGAAGAAACAAAGGAAUUCAAGAGAAUGUUGUUUUGUUCUUCUAUGUUAUUAUGAAUAAUAUAUAAAAAGCAGUGUGGCUGUUGGCACCUUUUAAGGUGACACUAUUAGAUCAUCUUUUUUUGCCCACUGCACUGUUUGAUUUUUGUUUUGUUUUGUUCUAGAUGGAGAUUCAACGUAUGAAGAAGCACAUGUCUAAAUGAGUGGAGUGGAGAACGUCUCCAUUAUCAAAGACACCCUUAAAGGUCCUGUUGUACACUUUCUAAGUUUUAGAAAAAUACUCCUUACUCCUUUUUGAUUGUAUUUAUUAGAAAAACGUUUUUGCCUCGGUGGAACAUUUCUGGAGUGGUGAAUGGGAUAGCCAAAGGGGCUGAAUGUUUUAAUGAUGAGGCACCGUGGGAGCAGAGUAUCUGUUGACCGUUAUCUCUGGAAAUGAGCAGGUCAUUGCUCUGUUUUACCCUCAAACUGUUUUGUAUAUCUCUGUAGAUGGACUCUUAAUAACUACAGCAUCUACAGCAUCCUGUAGUGGGGGAAAUGUUGUCUAAGUUGUCUCGAGGUUUUCAUGAAGAGAAAAAAAUGUUUGUUUUUUUUGUUUCCCAUGACUGUUGGCAUGAAUAUGUAUCGUACAUCAUCGCUGAUGAAUUGGUUUUCAAUGAUUUGUCCGUUAUCUAAAUGUGUGGAAAACAUUUGACAGUGAAACAUAUGAGGAUAUAAAAUGAGAGCCAGCAGUUGAUCAGCUAUCUUUAGUUUAUAAUAAUGUGAUGUGGAGGCACAAACAUGAAGCUUCUUUCCUAUUUUGGGUGCAUUUCAUUUUCAAAAAUGUAAAUUUGCCUUUUGAUCGUACAAACAAUGUAUUGACCAAGCUUGUCAGUAUGUAGUGAUGAUGGGGAAUUAAUUAAAAAUAUUU